ACGCACUCUCAUGAUUGUCCCCCACGAAGCUUAGCACCACAAUAAUGACAUUGGAAGACGGGCCUGAGUUCCCAUUUUUCUGCCAUAUAUGCGGCGCACCCCCAACAUGGCGCGGUUUGCUCGCAGACAGCACUCUCCAAUACCUCGACCCAGAGGAGGAAUACUUUGACCAGAGAGCGUAUAGAUACAUGGAUUUUAUGCCCGGCCAGCGGAAGUUUGGAUACGACGUAAGAUUACUUCCUCCGAAGCAAAUCAGGUGGCUUGACGCUGUACGGCUCGUCACGAAUAAGAUUAUGGACUCGGUUAGAGGCACGGAGACGGAGGUGCCGGUGCCGUUGUUGACUCGGCUGGCAUUGCAUGUGCAUAUCGACAAUGGCGCUUUCUGCUGUCCCGAUAAUGACAAUGAUAGCAAGAAAUUCAGUUUUAUGCGCUGCAACGUCGAUGGGUACUUGGUACACGAUACAUGCUUCAAGAUGUUGGAACGCGUUCACCAACAUCUACAGGCUACCUGGUCAACUCAGGAUCUUGACCUGGGGCGAUUAUGGAAUUUGUUGCAGCUCGGUCUGGAGGAUCGCAACAAUGACCUUGUCGAUUGGGGGUUCGGGGACGCAUUCCAUGGGAGUGAUCGAGGUUCAUCAGGCGCAAGGUUUAAUCCCUACUAUCAGGAGUGGCAUCCGGUGAAGGGGUCUAUGUGGGCAGUAAUGGACCCCGAGGGUCCCUUCAAUUGCCAACCUCUACUCGACCGUGCAUCUGCCAGUACUCAGCCAGGCUAUUCCUUCACCUUCAGUGUCAAGCCCACUCAGCCAAAUCCGCCAGCUCACCUGCAUCCCGAGCCCAACAUGAACUUCCUCUCAUUACUCCCGUACGAACUCCAACUGAGCAUCCUGGAACUCCUCCCGAGUUCAUCUGUGCUAAGCCUCCUCCUCGCAAGCCCCGACUUUAGGCGUUGCGCAGAGCACCUCUCGUCUGGCUUCUGGAAGUCCCGUCUCUUCUUUGACGUGCCGUGGUGUGCGGAUAUCAUUUCGGCGCAAAUAGAAGCAGCCCAGGGCAAUGAAACAUAGAGAGAUAGAAUCCAGUUUGACAGGCUUUUGCGCUUUCUGAAGGAGUUUUAUGUUUCUCCUGGGCAGGAGCCUGAUGUUGAGAACCUAGAGUUCAAAGGGCUGAGGAACCGGCGUCGUAUUUGGAUGAAUUGUGAACGGAUUGUGAGGGAGAUGGAGUUGCAGUGCGGCAGUGGCUGUGACCAUGGAGACGAAGUUGAAGGUGAGGGUUCUAAGUCAAACACACAGGAUUGACACAGAUAAAGUCUGUUUGGCAGCUAGUAUCCUCAUUUCAUUCACUUAUCUUAUUUCUCUGUCGCUAGAGCGCAAAUGUGCUCCUUUAUGUGUGUGUCUUUCUUCACACCUCGGAGGCUGCUCAGUCUCUAAUUUGGGAUCU